AACAGUAGAGUUGCGACCGUUGAAGCGGCAGCUUUGUAAAACCCGUUUCAUCACCUGUUUUUCAGUGUUUAACCGUAGUACCGCAGUGUUAUUUCGCUCCGUUUGAUCCUACUCUUAAAAAAAAAAAACAAAAAAAAAAAAAGAAACACAACGACAACGACAACAAUGGCUAACAACAGAGCAACCAAGUCCGGAUUCGCCGCCGAAGCUCAACGCAAGAUAAACAGUAAAUACAGCGAGGAAUUGGCCCAGGAGAGUUUAGAAUGGAUAAAAACAAUAACCGGCGAGGACAUAAACACGAGCGGAGACAUGGACAAUUUUUACGAAACCCUCAAGGACGGAACUCUCCUCUGCAGAUUGGUGAACAGCAUCAAGGAGGGAUCGGUUAAGAAGAUAAACAACACCGGGCUGGCUUUCAAGUGUAUGGAGAACAUAAACGCGUUUUUGGAAAAUGCAAGAGCUCUGGGAGUACCGGCCCAGGAAACAUUUCAGACCGUCGAUCUGUGGGAAAGACAAAAUUUAAACUCUGUCGUAAUCUGUCUCCAAUCGCUAGGCCGCAAGGCUGGAAAUUACGGCAAACCGAGCAUCGGGCCGAAAGAGGCUGACAAGAACGUGCGAAACUUUAGCGACGAACAGCUCAAGGCUGGUGCUGGUGUGAUAAGUCUUCAAUACGGUAGCAACAAGGGAGCAACCCAAAGUGGUAUCAAUUUUGGAAAUACAAGACACAUGUAAAUCAUCCCGCCAUCCUGCUCGAGCACAUUUUCCAAAAUUCAGACUUCCAAAACCGCCUUACAAUUAGACAACUCUAUCUCACACACACACACACAUGUAACUUGAUUAAUUUUACAUUCAAAGGACACGGAACGUUUCGUACAUCCUUUCAUAUCUUUUUUCUCCCCCUUUUCUUUCGUUUCCCUUAUUAUUUUUAAAUAUAUAUAUAUAUAUAUAUAUAUUUUUUUUUUUCUUUGGUUCGAUAACGAGAAAAAAAAACAACAAACAA